AUGCACUCACACACAAAUUUAUAUACAGAAGACUUGAAAAGAGAGAGCUACAGCUAAAGAUUAAUUAAGCCAUGGAAAGCAAAAUGAGCUUCCUGGUUCUAUCUAAUUUUCUUCUUCUCUCUCUCCUUCUUCCUACUUCUUCUGCUCAACUUAGCAAGAACUUCUACAGCGGAACAUGCCCUAAUGUUGAAUCCAUAGUCCGUUCUGAAGUCCAGAAGAAGUUCCAGCAAACUUUUGUCACUGUUCCUGCAACUCUUCGCCUCUUCGCCCAUGACUGCUUUGUCAGGGGAUGUGAUGCUUCGUUGUUGCUAUCUUCGCCGAGUAACAAUGCGGAGAAAGACCACCCGGAUAAUCUUUCGCUCGCCGGAGAUGGUUUUGACACGGUGAUCAAGGCAAAGGCUGCCGUUGAUAGUGUUUCUCAAUGCAGGAACAAAGUUUCAUGUGCUGAUAUUCUGGCUCUUGCUACUAGAGAUGUUGUAUCUUUGGCAGGAGGACCAUUUUAUGAAGUGGAACUAGGGAGGCGUGACGGGAGAAUAUCAACAAAGGCAAGUGUUCAACACAAGCUGCCAAGUGCUGACUUCAAUUUAGACCAGCUCAAUUCUAUGUUCGCUUCACUUGGCCUUACCCAAACUGACAUGAUUGCUUUAUCAGGUGCACACACACUUGGAUUUUCUCAUUGCAACAGAUUCUCCAAAAGGAUAUACAACUUCAGUCCAAGAAACAAGAUUGAUCCAACACUCAAUCUUCAAUAUGCACUUCAGCUGAGGGAAAUGUGCCCUGUGAAAGUAGACCCAAGAAUUGCCAUUGACAUGGACCCAACCACACCUCAGAAAUUUGACAAUGCUUACUAUGGAAACCUCAUACAAGGAAAAGGGUUGUUCACUGCAGACCAGAUCCUGUUUUCUGACUCUAGAUCAAGACCCACUGUCAACCUUUUUGCUUCUAACAAUGCAGCUUUUCAGAAUGCUUUUGUCUCUGCCAUGACAAACCUUGGUAGAGUUGGUGUCUUGACUGGAAAUAAAGGUGAAAUCAGAACAGAUUGUACUCGUAUCAACUAGAAGAGAGUAGAAUUGCUUUAUUUUUUUUUUUUGGGUUCAUUUUUAGGGUAGAUUUUUUUUUUUUAUGCAUGUUUUCUUGAAUUUUAAAUAAUGAUUAUGGUUCCAUCUGAAGAGAGUACCAUUAUUAAUUUGUAAGUGGAAGCAAUAAAGUCUUUGAGCUUUAUUUCUUUUAAUAAAUUUAUUUAUUUUUAGUAUCAA